AUGCUUUGCCGGCCAUUCCCUGAAGAAUACAGUGCGCUGUCAGCCUUUGCUGAAUCCAUGCGCUUUGAGGAUCUGCUCGAGGUCGUGUUCUCUCGUGGACUCGCGAUGCAACUGGUCAUUGAGCGCGAAGACCAGGGACGCACCAACCUCUCCAUGGUUGCUGCGAAUCCCAAUCCCACACGCGUCGGCAAGUUCUUCACGAAAUGGGCCUUGAGAAACCUGGUGGAGAUGAUCGCGACGACGACCAAUGCACUGACUGCUGGAGAUUGUCAACUUCAAUUUGGAAGGCGAACAGAUAGCCUCAGCGUCGUGUCGCGGAGUGUUUCCGAAGCCCAACAGCUGGCCAGUCCCACCACUCUCCAGCGUGGCACAGUCACGAUACCACUGCAGGGGAUCGAUGUGCCGUUUCAUUUGGCGUAUCUACGCGACGGGGUGCCUUCGUACCGCAGCUUUUUGGAGGAACGAAUUCGCGACGGCGACGUCGACCCUCAACGGCUUAUUGGGAAAUUGGUUCCCAAUGUUAUGGGCAAGCCAUUCUCAUUGAGCCUAGAGUACAUUCAGGAUGCAUAUCGGUUGACCGCCAGUCCCAUCCUGGGCGAGGUCCUGGCCGCUUAA